AUCAAGCCAGGGUUUAAAUAGCAAAACCUUGGUAAAAAUCAGUUUGAGAACCUGGAGGACUGAUUACGAAGUCUGGGAAGUGAGACAGUGAAAAGAACUGCUUUCAUUUUUUUUUGCAUGAAUAUUUUAAGCUGUAUUGAAACAAUUCGCAUGUAAUUAAAAGGGGACGGUAAAGCGGUUGUUUCGCCUGAUAGUUUUUUUUGAUGGUAAAAAAAAAAAGUUAUUUUUUCUCGGGUGAGGAAAAGGGCGUGAAAAAUCAGCAAUGCCGUCUCCGAACUCGGUGGAUUACAGCAAACUGAUGGCACCGCCGGUGCCGCCGCACAAACCCAGAGCUGCGCGUCCCGCGGAGGCCGGUGAGCGGCUGCUGAAGUGCGUGCUGUUGGGCGACGGGGCGGUGGGUAAGACCAGCCUGGUGGUCAGCUACACCACCAAUGGCUACCCCACCAAGUACGUGCCCACGGCUUUCGAUGACUUCUCAGCCGUGGUGCAGGUGGACGGGAACCCGGUGAGGCUGCAGCUCUGUGACACUGCUGGCCAGGAUGAGUUCGACAAACUGCGCCACUUCUGCUACCCCCGCACAGAUGCUCUUCUGCUCUGCUUUAGCGUGGUGAGCCCAGCCUCCUUCCAGAACGUGUGGGAGAAGUGGGUGCCCGAGAUCAGGCGCCGUUGCCCCGGGGUCCCCGUUCUGCUGGUGGGCACGCAGUGUGACCUACGGCAGGACGUCAAGGUGCUGAUCGAGCUGGCCAAGCGCCGUGAGCGCCCGGUGGCCGAGGAGGACGCGCGUGCUCUUGCUGACAAGGUGGGCGCCGUGGCCUACGUGGAGUGUUCAGCGCUGACGCAGAAGAACCUGAAGGAGGUUUUCGAUGCCGCCAUCGCGGCCGGGCUGCAGCACGCCGACCGCCGAGCUCGGCGGGAGCGGAAGGUGAGGAGCACGGCGGACAAGAUGAAGACCCUGUCCAAGUCUUGGUGGAAGAAGUAUGUCUGUGUACAGUGAUGUGGUUCCAGCCCUCUGGAGCAACGGCUGAAGGAGCCAAAGGCUGCAAGUGACUCACACCACGACACGUCUACUUCUGAACCUCUUGGGUCGAGUCAUCCCCAAAUCGAAUGCUCAGGUCAUGAAUCUCAAUGGCAGAUGGAAGCGAAACCUGAUUGGCUGACUCCUUCCUGAGCACUCCCUCACCCUCCCCUGCCCACAAGAGCUUGACCAGUCAGUGUUUGCCAAGUGGAAUCUGAACUUCCAUUUUAAAAGACACUGGGGGGGGCGGUGGCGAGGCUUAGACUGGAAACCUAUUCACAGGACUUGGGACUGAAGGUUCCCAUGCGGUGUAACGUCCAACUACAUUCAAAGCUACAGUGAUCAGAUCAUGACCUCCUUUGGACAAUGGUGAGGCUUCUCAGAUCUUUAUGGAGCCGGGGAGGAGGCUUCUGAGUUUGUUUGUUUGUUUGUUUUGUGCCCUUAUGACUGGAUAUGCUAGUCCUUUGUUUUCAUUUCCUUUUGCAUAUCACAUAUUUAUUUCCCCCUAUCCUUUUUGUCUCUCUGAAUGUUUUUUUUCUUUUGUUUUCAUUUUUAUUAUAAGGAUGUCAAAGUGACCUUAGACGACGGUACAUUGGAUUAAUAAUGGGUUAAUCUGUGACCAUACUGGUGUGAUCAGUUAUAGCCCACCAGGAGAACCAUGGCUCAGCAAAGUGUUGGUUUACGCAGCUGUGUGCUCAGGAUAGAGGUGUGCGGUUGGGUGCUUUCCAAGGCCUUCACGACCUCUGACCUUUUUGGUAUCUGUAGCCUCAGCUGUCAAUAGCCUCAGCUGCAGGAGACACACACUAAACUUCUAAGUCUGUGCUUACUUUGCACCAUAAUGUAUGGGUCUGUUACAGACAAAAUCCCAGAAUAUCCCGCGCCAGGUAAAUCUUCAGACUGCAGGGUGUCAUCUUGCCAUAUUAAAUAGCUACUUGACCGUAUCGCCACAACUGAGUUCAAAUUGAUCUGAAACGCCAACUUCUGUCUCGGAGCACAACCUGGCCCCAAUGCUACUGCACUUUUGUGACUGUUAACUUUUUUGGCUGCACAAAAACAGCCCUCAGUUUGCGCAAUGUGGCCCCACAAACAUGUCAGAGUUUAUCGGUCUCCUUUUGCAUUGAUGUUUACCACUGAUUCAUGCUCCGCCCCUUGAUUAUCAUGCUCCGCCCCUUGAUUAUCAUGCUCCGCCCUCUUACUAUUAUAUCCUACCUCCUACACCAAUACUGAUCUUUACCGCCACUGCUUUCCAGCUGUCUUUAUCCCUUUGCAAAUGAGUUUACUGGUCGGACCAGCGCUGGAUCUUUCUGGAACACAGUCACGUUCUGAUAUUAGAUGCUUUAUAACCUGCAAAGAACAAAGCCCUACCAGGGCGACUACUAUAAAAAUAAUAUAGAAAAUGUAUUGCUUCUCAUUUUUAAGAAGCCGUAAUGUCUCUUUGUGUUUUAAUCACAUGUUUGUAAGGCAAUAAACUGUAACCACUGAUCAAAUCAAUGGAUAAAUAGAUAAGAUUGACAAGGAUUUUUUUUGUUGAAUUCAUUUUCAUGCAAUGAUCUCUCUAUUACAUUAUCACUAUCAGGGUAAUUAAAUGUAGAUUUGUUUAAUAAUGACAUAUCUUCCAUUGUGUUCUCGUUUUCAAACUCCGAAUGUGAUCAGAAAUAAGUGAGUUUGUCACUGCUUUGUAAAUCGUGCAUCUCGUCAUUCUGGAUGAGAAUACAAAUGACAUGAUGAUCUCUAAAUAAAUGUGAAAUCCUUCUCCUGUA